CCAAACGUUCCUUUAAAUAAUACAAGUCUUUUCAGAAAAACUUUAAAAACUUUACACAAAAUGAAGUUCAUAACAAUUGCUUCCAUAUUAGCAAUAUGUGGUUUAACUUUGGCCACCACAACCUAUCACCAACCACAGGAUAACGCACAAGCCACAAGUUAUGCUUUUAUCACAACACAACAUGGGGAUAUGGGCAAACAACAUGGUAAAGAAUACCAUGGUUAUGAAGAUUUGGCAAAAAAUGAAUGGUCCACUCACGCUAUAAAACAUAAUCAUUAUGAUCAAAGUGGGAAAUAUAAACAUUAUAGUGAUAUCGAAGCCAAAUAUGAGUUUGAAUAUGGUGUCAAGGAUUUGACGACAGGAGAUAUUAAAAAUCAAUGGGAACGCCGGGAAGGUGAUCAGGUUAAAGGUGGCUAUUCCUUAAAAGAAGCUGAUGGCACUAUACGUAUUGUUGAGUAUACAGCUGAUGCUGUUAAUGGUUUUCGGGCAGUUGUUGGAAAAAUUGGACAAGCUGAACAUCCUAAAGGCGAAACUAAACCUUUAAAUGUUGUUUUAAAAGCAGACUAUCAACAUGUUGACUAUGAUAAUUUAAAUCAAAAUGUUAAUCAUGUUGAUAAUAUCCCACGUCAUUAUUAUAUUUAUAAAAAAGCUCAAGAUCAUGAUAAUGAACAUACUUAUGAUUAUAGUCGUUUACAUAGCUAUGAUCAUGCAAAUCAUAACACUUAUAAUUAUGCUUAUGAUCACACUAAAGAUCACAGUUAUAAUCCUAAACAUCAAUAUAGUUAUAAACUUAAUCGAGAUCAUAGUAUUGAUUCUACUAGUGACUACGAUCAUUCUUAUACUAAUGAUCAUAAACCAGCAGCUAUUUAUGCCAUUUUGAAACAACAUUAAACAUUAAAGUUUAAUAAUUACGAUUAUUGAUGUGAUUAAUUGGUUUUAUAGAAUCUCCAAAUAAUGAAUGCUCUUCACAAACAUAUUUAAUAA